AUGAAGCUGUCCAUGCAGAUAAAAGAGAAGCUAAAGUCCUCCUCCCACCCAUCCCCCAUUUCGGACACCCCUCCGCCGACACCCACGGCGCCUCCGACGAUCGAGGCGGCGCGCGUCUCGCAGAUGGACCUGGACCGGGAGUGCAUCCUGGAGCGCUCGCGCCUGGUGUCCAUCGCGCCCGCGCGCAUGCCGUACAUCGGCUUCCACGGCAAGUACAACAAGCGCUGGUACGUCGACAUCGUGUCGCUGCCGCACAACUCCGUGCGCACGCUAAUCUCGGAGGUCUUCGGCCUGCUCACGUCCGUGCACCGCCUGGCCCUGGACAUGACGCGCGCGGACUUUGACAACCUCUUCCUCUUCCUCGCCGAGUUCCAGGCCUACACGGCCGCGCUGCUGGCCGCCGAGGACAGGCUGGUCUACCCGGAGGUCGAGGCCGCGCUGCGCAAGCGCCCGGACUACGCCGCGCACGUGCUGCACCCGACCCACCGCGCGGAGAGGAAGAACGACAUUGCCCGCCUGCUCGCGGCCCUCACCGACCCUACCUUGCACUACUUGCAGGCCGUCGCCGUGGCCAACACGCUGCAGGCCACCGUCGAUGAGCUGUCGAGGCAGCUGCUGGACUACUUCUCCGCGCAGGAGGCCGUGCUGCCGCGCAUCUUUGCGCACUCCAUGCGCGGGUCGCGCGAGAAGAAUAAGAUGGAGGCUAAGCUUAUCAAGUACUUUGCCGAUGCGGGGCAUGAGUUUUACUACACGGCCCUGCUCGCCCUGCCGCUUCAUUCUCAAGAAGUGCGCGCCGAUUUUGAGGAGCGCCAUUUUGCAAAGCCGGCCCGCGCCCACCAGUUUAGAACCGCUGUCAAAAGGGUACAAGACUCACUCAUCGCCAUUCCGAGGGCCUUUGACGCUGCUGCGAGCGACUACGAGACAAAGUUUUCCAUGGCCGCCUUCCUCGAGAACUACGGAAAGGACCGAGACGUGGACGCUACGACCACCAUGAUCUGA